UUAUCAAAAAAAAAUGAAAACAAUCAAUUUUUUUUUUAAUUGUUAUUUAUGUUCUUAUUAUAUUAUUAAAGUUUUAUGUGAAAUAUUAAGUUCUAACUAAAAUUAGAAAGACAAAAAUGUCAAGAAAAUCAUUACCAAAGAGAAAUCAGCAAUCAUUAUGGCUCAAGUGUGAAAACUGUUGUUGUUUAUUUGGGUCAAAAUAUUGUGAAAAUCAUAAGCAAUUCUGUAAUUCCGAUGCAACAUUACUUGAGCAACCAUUUGCUUUUAUUAAAAAUGAAAAACUAAUCUCAAAUAGUUGCAAAAGCCUGGAAUCUGCAAAGAUUGUAAUUGAAGAAAUAAAAGAUCUGCAAGACAAACAAAAAAAUUCAUUAGUAUUUAUCAGCGAAGAAGUUAUGAGAUUAUGUCAAAUGAAGACUGGGGAAAACGUUGCAUGUUACCCUCUUCCGGAAAAAUCACCAUAUUUAAUUCGAAUGGUUUGGCCUAUCCAAGACAAACAUUUAGGACAAGUAUUUUUUUCUGAAGAAGAUUUCAGCUUAAAUUGGGAAAACAACGAAAAUUGCAAAUUACAAAUAGAAAAACUGUGUGAUGAUCCUAUACCAGUCAAGGAAAUUACCUUAAAAUACAUAAAGAGUAGUUCUGAACAUCAAUUAGAUUUUAAGAAAUUGUCUAAAAUGUUACAAUUUCACAUGUGGAAUAGGAUAUACACCAUAGGAAAUAUAAUACACUAUAAAUUUUACAAUAAACUCAUAAAAUUAGAAAUAAUAAAUUAUCAACCAAUUUUAAAUGAGGACGUGCAGUGCACAUUUGCUUUAGAUAAUGUAUUUAAAAAUCUUAAUAUUGGAAAGCAAAUUUAUCUUCUUUGUACUAAGAAAACUGAUAUAACUAUCUUAGAAAAUGAGUCAGAAGAUGUUGAAACAAAUAAUUUCAAUAAAUCCGUUCAAAUUGAAGACAUCGGCGGGCAUGAUGAUGUUAUUGAAAAUUUAAAAGAUAUCGUAUUAAUAGGUUUAGGCAUGCGAAGCAUUCCUAGUGAUUUGAAAAUAUCAAGAGGUGCUUUAUUACAUGGUCCGUCCGGAUGUGGCAAAAGCAUGCUAGCUGAAGCGUUUGCAAAUUAUUUUUCAACAUUUGAUGUGCAAAUCAUUAAAAUCAAAUCUAACGAGAUAUUUAGUAAAUUCUUUGGGGAAACCGAACUUAAUUUGCAAAACAAAUUUGAGAAGGCUUUUAGUUAUUAUCCCAAACCUUCUUUGAUUAUACUAGAAGAUAUCAAUAAUUUAUGUCCAAAAUAUGAAAAUAAUGAAAUUAUCAAGAGAGUAUUAAUAGCUUUUUUAAAUUUGUUUGAUAGUUUACACCUCAAUCCACGGGGCAAAAAAGUUUUUGUUCUCGCCACAACUAAUAAUUUAGAAAAUUUACAUCCUGGUAUAAGAAGAUGUGGAAGAUUUGAUAACGAGAUUGAAAUUCAAGUUCCGAAUCCCGAGACAAGAUAUGAAAUUCUUAAAAAGCAUUUGGGGAAAGUUGAUCACAAAUUGAAUGAGUUACAAAUUCAAAAUAUAGCAAAUAUAACUCACGGUUUUGUGGGUUCUGAUUUGGUAAAUUUAGUAUAUAAAGCAGCAAUAAACUCGCUUAAUCGCCAAAAUGAGGAUAAAUAUAUUUCUUCAGAUGAUAUCAAUUCUAUUUUAAACCUCGUAAAACCAAGUGCAAUGCGUCAAGUUUUAAUAGAAUGUCCCAAUGUAAAAUGGGAUGACAUAGGAGGACAGCAUGACUUAAAAUUAAAACUACGGCAGUCUAUAGAAUGGCCUUUACUUUAUCCUGAUAAAUUUACAAAACUUGGCAUAAAACCACCACGUGGAAUAUUGAUGUUUGGACCGCCCGGUUGUUCGAAAACUAUGAUAGCUAAAGCAUUGGCCACAGAAAGUCGUUUGAAUUUUCUUUCAAUUAAAGGACCGGAACUCUUUUCGAUGUGGGUAGGCGAAUCAGAACGCGCAGUUCGUGAAGUAUUUCGUAAAGCUAAACAAGUAGCCCCUUCUAUUAUAUUUUUCGAUGAAAUUGAUGCGAUAAGCGGAGAAAGAUCAUCUGACGGUCAACCAUCUUCCGUUAAAGAAAGAGUUCUUACGCAAUUAUUAACUGAAUUAGAUGGUGUUGAUACAUUAAAGGAUGUUACAAUAGUUGCUGCAACUAAUAGACCCGAUAUGAUUGAUAAGGCUUUGUUAAGACCAGGUCGAAUUGACAGACUUGUUUAUGUUGGUUUACCUGAUGAUAAAACUAGAGAAGAAAUAUUUAAAAUUAAGCUUAAAAUAAUGCCUCUUCAUGAAGAUGUCAUUUUAGAAGAGCUUAUAAACAAAACUAAUGGAUAUUCGGGGGCUGAAAUUCAAGCGUUAUGUCAUGAAGCUGCUUUAAAAACCUUAGAAGAAAAUUUAGAAGCAGAAAGAGUCUGUUGGAAACAUUUUGAAAUCGCUUUUAAUCUUGUUAGACCAAGAACAAGUAAAAAAUUGUUAGAUUUAUAUGAACAGUAUAUAAGCGAAAAACUUUAAAAUUUAUCAGAAAGCAAACUAAGAAAUACAAAAUAUAUUCGAAAUAGACUUAUGAAUUUUAACUAUGUAAGUCUUAAAUUAAGAUUUUUCCAUAUUUUACCAAGCAGCAUUUGAUAGGUUACGAUCGAUAUGGACGAACAGCCAGGUACCAAGUGUAAAGAAUUUAUAAUAUUCCGGUCAUGUGUAAAAUCGGUUCUAAUAUACAACGAUAAAACCUGGUGACCUACUAUGUAAAAAUGCGAAACUGGGAAAUUUGCAUAAUUUGAUUUGCGAUUCUUAAACGGUUUGGUAUUAUGUAACAAAAUUGCAUCGCAAAAAGUUAAAACUGGCAAUAAUGAUUCGGAGAGUUUUCUCAAAAUAAACAUUUGAACUAUUUUAAAAUAGUCAUACAUUUGAAAGUACAUUAGGGAGGCGCUUAUUGUUAAUUUAAAACAAAAAAUACGGAUUGAAAAAGUUUUUUGGCAGGUGAGUUCAGAUUUAAAUACUGCUCUUGCUAAGAAAACCAUUUCGCUUAUUAUAACCGAAGUUUGAAAGGCUAUAGAUAAAAAGUUAGGUCCCACAAAAAUAAGGCUGGAAAGAAGCAAUGUCUAGAAAAAAGAAGCGAAACAAAUUUGGCAUAAUGCAUGAAUUUUAUCAUUUUCGUAAACCAGAACGGUUUUGGAAUUUAUUUUGACCCAUAACUAUAAUUAUUAAUUAGAACAAUUUAGUUAAAUGCGUAAAUUUGAAAUGCAAGUUCUUUCGCAAUAAGAUUCGUAAACAAAAUGACAAGUGAAUGAAAAGUAUCCCAAUGAAGCGUUCUAUAGUAACCCUUGUGAUAUUUUCGCAUACGCUAAUUUGCGAUAUUCGAUUAGCAUAGUGUCGAAAUUUUAGAGGCGAAAAUCAUUUAGCGAAAGUAGCGCUACGUAGUAGGCCACCUGACUUAUAUUAAAAUAACUAAUCAGAAGCUGCAAGGUCUUACUAAUAAAUGCCUCAGAAUACCAUGCUAAAUGCCAAAUAGUAAAACAAUAUGAAGUGGAUUUACAUUAAUAUCUCGAAAUACAGUUUUCGCUUUUCAGCUAAAAAUUAAUUAGUGAAUUCUAAAUUUAUAUUUGAAGAAAAAGUUCAAUAUGCGGACUUCUUCAAUCGCAUUAUAUUUUUGUAAAAUAUAUUUAAAUAGAAACAAAAAUGAAAAUCAUUUGGUUCUAUGAAUUAAUUCAUUUUUUAUUAUUCUAAUAUAACUCAAUUUUGUUUAAAAAUAAACUGAAAAUCUCUUACUCAAUUUUAAACGUAUUCUGCUUUUUUUUCAUUUUAAUUCCAAAAUAAAAAAUGUUUCUCAAAUUAAAAAAAAAAAUAAACACAUUAUAUAAUUAUUAUUUUUUAAAUAAUAAGUAUGUUACAUACCUAAAUUCAAUAAUAUGAUCAUUCAGUCUUAUUAUCAGACAUAAAACUGUAUAAAAAAAGUUAAAUAAAAAGUUCUUUUAUUCCUCUUGUGUUUAUUUAUAGUGUUGUAUAUUAUGGUGUUGAUCCGAAUCAAAAUAAAAUUUGAACAUAUUUAUGUAUGUAUGUACAUACAAUGAGCUGCAUUCAGGACGAAGACUGUUAAACAUCUCUGAUUGAAUGAGUUGUGCGCCAGAAAUAUUUUAUAAUUAGUAAUUGCGCAUUAAACGUUAAAGUUAAAGUUUUGAUUAUUGCUAUGAUAUAUUAACCCCAUACGAUCGUCCUUAAUUCUUUUAAAAACGAAAUUAUCAAAUAAAAACUAUGCACAUGCAAAUGUACAUAUUUUCUUUAGAAAUAUUUAAACUAAUAGACCAUUAUUUUAAUAUUACACUUUGAGAAAGAACGAUAUCUUUCCUAUUUUCAAAAGAUGCAAAUGCUUCAA